AUGAAGAUCAUAUUCCUAGCAUGUGUUGGCUUUCUAGUCAUCGCCGCCAACGCUGAACAGGCGCAAAAGGAAGAGGAAGGUGAGAUCACAGCGGUGGAGCAGAAUAACGAUGCUGUUGUGACCGCGUUCGACAAAGCAGGAUUAGAAGAAGCUGAGACUCAAGUUGAACUUCCAACAACCCGAGUGAAGAGAGGCGCCAAAAGACGAUCAGUUCGAAAAAUACGACAUAGACUUGCCAGAAGAAAA